AUGGGGGCACAAGCUUUGGGUGAAUGGGUUUUGUUGCGGCUCUGCCUGUUGUCAAAGCACAAGACGCUGGAGCUGCUGGAGCUUCGCAGCUGCAGCCGGGUGGCUAAGGAGGAAGAGCCAGAUGUGGAUUCUGGGGACGAGGACCCUUGUGGGCCCUACCUCGAUGAUCAGGGGCUUCUUCCCAACGGCAGCUACAUGUGUUUGGAUGGCGUGGCGCGUACGGGCAACUGGGAGGAAGCCAAGCGCCGAGAUCCCACGGAUUUGACCUGGCUCACCGAGUGGGUGGUGGCAGCCAGGACGGGACAACUGGAGAAAAAGUAG